GCACAAAGCACAAACUGCGCCGCGGAAGAUCCGCCGACGCGACAGCUCGUCCCUGUGGAGUGGAGCCCAUAUUGCCCCCUCCAGGACCGACAAGCCCCGCCUGGCUGGAAGAGGCGGCCGCUGACACGUGAUCGCCAUGCCAGGCAGAGGCAGCAUGGCGGAGGCUGCCGGCGGACCCCUCUGCAGCCGGAGCCCUUAGUAGCUGGUCUCAAGCCGGGAGUGGAGCGGAUCAUAUCGGACUGGAUCGCACAGCUUCUGAGACGGAUAGUGGAUGCGAGCUCGGCUUUGGCUUUGUGGGGAGCCACCAUGGACCUGCAUGUGGACCAGCCGCUGAGCCAGGCCAUGAGCGAGGCCACGAGCCAAGGAGUAAGCCCAGGCUUGGCCCCGGCCAGCCCUGGACCAUGUGACCAGCGGAGGCUGCAGCAGGAGCUGCAAGCCCUGAAGCAGAAGCAGGAGGUGCAGCGUCGCCUGCUCAUUGCCGAGUUCCAGAGGCAGCAUGAGCAGCUGUCUCGUCAGCACGAAGCACAGCUGCAAGAGCAUGUAAAGCAGCAGCAGGAGCUCCUGGCCCUGAGGCAUCAGCAGGAGCUCGUGGAGCUCCAACGAAAGGCGGACCAUCAGCGGCAGCAGGAGGAGGAGCUGGAGAGGGAUCAAAAGCUACAGCAGUUGAAGAACAAGGAGCGCAGCCAGGAGAGUGCCAUCGCCAGCACAGAGGUGAAGAUGAAGCUGCAAGAGUUUGUGCUGAAUAAGAAGAAGGCCUUGGCCCAGAGGACACUCAGCCACUGCAUAUCUGGGGACCCGCGCCUGUGGUACACAAAGACCCAGCACAGCUCUCUGGACCAGAGCCCACCCCCUCCGACAAGUUUGACAGUCGGCUAUGGCCACCCGGUCUUCGGGCUGUACAACCCGAAGGAUGACUUUCCACUGCGGAAGACGGCCUCGGAACCCAACCUGAAGCUGCGCUCCCGGCUGAAGCAGAAGGUGGUGGAGAGGCGGAGCAGCCCACUGCUGCGGCGCCGGAGAGAUGGGCCACUGGGCAGUGCUAACAAGCGACCGCUGGAUGCCGCAGACUCGUGUAAUAGUGCCCCCGGCUCUGGGCCCAGUUCCCCAAGCAGCAGCACCGAGAACGGAGCAGCACUAUCUGUCAGCCCCUUGGAGCCCUCUUUGGCCCACAGGCUGGCAAGCUGUGACGCCCCCAUGAGCCAGCUGUCCCUGUACACGUCCCCCUCGCUGCCUAACAUCACCCUGGGGCUGCCAGCCAGUGCCCCUUCUAGUGCCGUGGCCUCUCCCUUCCUCGCGGGGGCUCACUUGACGUCCUACCUGGGUACCUCGGUUCUGGAGCAGAAUGGUGGCCCUACCCACAACCCCCUUCUGCAGCACAUGGUCCUGCUGGGGCCGUCCGGGGCACCAAGCCCUGUGCUCACAGGUCUGGCCGCCCUCCCCCUCCACAAGCUGCAGCAACACCGCCCCCUGGGCCGUACACAAUCGGCCCCCCUGCCCCAGAGCGCCCAGGCCCUACAGCAGCUGGUAGUACAACAGCAGCACCAGCACUUCCUGGAGAAGCACAAGCAGCAGCAGCAACUGCACAUUGGCAAGAUGCCAGGCAAAGCUGUUGAUCCAAGCCGGCAGCACCAGAGCUACCCGGAAGAGACAGAGGAGCAGCUACUAGAGCAGCAGGUCGGACCCAGCACUGAGGCACCGGCCCGGAGCAUUGCCAUAAAACAGGAGCCCCUGGAGGAGGCGGAAGAGGAGGAGGCCCACUUCCAGGAGGAGGAGCAGCAGGAGCAGGAGCUGCUCUUCAAACAGCAGGCCCUGCUCCUGGAGCAGCAGAGGAUAGCACAGCUGCGUAGUUACCAAGCCGGCAUGGAGGCAGCCAGCCUGGCAGCCAUACUGGGCUCUCACCGUCCCCUGUCCCGGGCUCAGUCUUCACCCGCCUCUGCCCCCACCUCCCUCCCUGUGCCUGUGACCGAGAAGCCGCCCACGCUGCGCUUCACCACAGGGCUGGUGUAUGACACGUUGAUGCUCAAACACCAGUGUGUCUGCAAUAGCACUAGUAAUCACCCCGAGCACGCAGGGCGCAUCCAGAGCAUCUGGUCCCGGCUGCAGGAGACCGGCCUCCGUGCCAAAUGUGAGCACGUACGGGGGAAAAAGGCCAGCCUGGCGGAGCUGCAGACAGUCCACUCAGAGGCACACACACUGCUGUAUGGCACCAACCCACUAAGACACAAGCUGGAUGGUUUGGCGCCCCCCGUCUUCAUGAGGUUGCCCUGUGGCGGCGUCGGGGUGGACAAUGACACCUUCUGGAACGAGGUCCACUCAUCUGGCGCCACCCGGUUGGCUGUGGGGUCUGUCACUGAGCUCGUCUUCAAGGUGGCGACCGGAGAGCUUAAAAACGGCUUUGCAGUAGUGCGCCCCCCAGGACACCACGCAGAGGACAGCACGCCUAUGGGCUUCUGCUACUUUAACUCAGUGGCCAUCGCAGCCCGUCUCCUGAAGCUGAGGCUUAAUGUCAGUCGGAUCCUCAUCGUCGAUUGGGAUGUUCACCACGGUAAUGGGACCCAGCAGGCAUUCUACGAUGACCCCAACAUUCUGUACAUCUCCCUCCAUCGCUAUGAUGAUGGGAACUUCUUUCCUGGGAGCGGAGCCCCUGAUGAGGUGGGCAGUGGACCAGGAGAGGGCUUCAAUGUCAACAUGGCAUUCACUGGUGGUCUGGAGCCCCCCAUGGGAGAUGUGGAGUACCUGGCAGCAUUCAGGACUGUGGUGAUGCCCAUUGCCACUGAGUUCGCCCCUGACAUGGUGCUGGUAUCAUCGGGCUUCGACGCGGCAGAGGGACACCUGCCCCCUUUGGGGGGGUACAAGCUGACAGCCAGAUGCUUCGGCUACCUGACCAUGCAGCUGAUGGCGCUGGCAGGGGGCCGGCUGGUGCUUGCCCUGGAGGGAGGCCACGACCUCACUGCCAUCUGUGACGCCUCUGAGGCCUGCGUCUCUGCCCUGCUGGGGCUCACGCUGGAGCCCCUGACACAGGAAGUCCUGCAGCAGAGACCGAACCCAAAUGCAGUGCACUCCAUUGAGAAAGUUCUGGAAAUCCAAAGUAAGUACUGGCGGUCAACACGACACCAUCUAGCCAAGGCGUGCUACUCCCUGUUGGAGGUGCAAAGGUGUGAGAGAGAUGAGGUGGACACGGUGAUCGCGAUGGCAUCACUGUCGGUGGCCCCCACGCUGGCUGACAGCAGGCUGCAUGAUGAGCCGAUGGAAGAAGGCCCUCCUCUGUAGGUGCUGCAUGGGGCGCUCUUGAGACCACCUGGAUGCCAGGGCAUGAUUCUGCCCACCGGGUUUUGAUUUAGCAUACCCUCCACCCCAUCCCGCCUGCAUCCUGUCAGCGGUGAUUAACUGGGGGAAAGAAGUUGGGUGCCAUGCCCAAGAAGGCGGGGCUACAGUGUGCCCGCAAAUAGAAACUGAGCAGUAGCUCCAGUCCAAAAUUUGUUGGUGUUCCAACUGGUCGGACACACCAUAUGAAAGCGGAGACCGACGGCCUUCUCUGCACCACAAAGGGCCACGGACCCAGGACCGGACAUAGCAAGGCAGGGGCCCAUGUCAUGGAGUGUGAGACAGGCCAGACACAGAUGCAACUGCUGAUCACAUCACACAUUCGUUUCUAAUCAGAUUUUCACUUCAUGAAAAAACUGAUCAUACAUAAGAAAUUCCAUGUUGUUCUGAACAGCUGAGGGUCGGGUCCAGAAGAACCUGCAGGCUGAUCAGGCCUGGGGAGGGCAACCCAAAUGUGGAUUUAGCCUUGGGUACUGAGCUGGUCACACAUCUCCCUGGGCGUGGGCGGAGAGGAGAGCGGGUUACACCGUGUCUGAGAUUCACACCUUUACACAGACUGCAUCCUUCCUGUACGUGUAUGGUACAUUGUACAAAAAGGACGAUGUUGAAAGCUAGUUGGGGGAAAAGUAACACCGUCCCCCAUCCCAGAUGGCGGAUUGGCAUCGACUCUGAUGUAGGUUCCUUUAAUGAAAGAAACGCCAGCUUCGGACUCUCGAGAGUUCCUGAGCACGCUGUGUGCUGAAGCCAGAGUUUAACCCUGCAAAGCAGCAGCAUGCCUAAUGCAUGUGUUUGCCAGCAAGCCUGCUUACGACAGUCUGCAUGGGCCUGAAAAUUGUCAUUUUACUGUAUUCAACUACUGAAUGUAUGUACAUACAGACACUGAAGCUACAUUUUCACAUGCACUGAAUGCCGGGGUGUGGUAUCAACAUGAUCUGGUUUAAUGGGAUUCGGACCUUCUCAGCCUCGUCUGAGUGAGUCAUUCUUGUCAGUGUGAAAACCUUACUGUCUUACUGUAUUUCCUGCCUCAUUUCCUGGUUAUCUACUGUUUGAACUUCUUUACCUGCUUUUGGCUAAUGCUGCUCAGAUCUAAGCUUUUUUUCUCUAGUCUUUUCUACCCUAUUUGUUAACAUUUUGUGAAGAUGACACUCUCUCAAAGUUUUCUUUGACUUUCAUGUAGAUUUUGCAGGGAACUUUACUUUGGUCGAUUUGUGUAAUGAUUCCAAACAUUAUAUAUUACCCAUGUGUUCUGUUCAUAGUAGAUUUAUGUAUAUAAAUAUAUUCUGAAUACAUAAAUAUAACUAAAUCAAUCUUAUUGACAGAAUAUAAAUGUAUAUAUUGAAAGCCAGUUGGGGAGAGUUGACAUGAUGUCUGCUGGUCAGGUAUGUGUGAAAUGUGUAGUACAGCAGGAUAACUGUGGAGCUUCAGCCAGAAACCAGAAGCACCCCCCACUAGGACAGCAUAGAAAGAUUCUGCUCCCACCCCUUGAGGCAGGUGCAGCGGGAUCUUCUAUGUGUUUAGAUUGAAAGAAGAGGCCUAGCAUGGCCUUCACUCACAUUUGCUUGUUCUGGACGACUAUGGUGGCUCUUGUGGAAAAGCCAGAUUACAGAGCCCCUCACCACACCCAUCACAGAUACACUGGCAGGGGACACAUGGAUACCUCCACAUGACAAGGGAUGGAGGACCUCAUCCCAAAAUCUUCUCCGACCUGAACAGGUCCUUAAUUUCUGUUGUUCCUAUCUUCCGGGUCAUGAAGACAAGUAGCUCCCUAAUCUGCAUGGUUUGAAUUCCCUCUGCUUGCCUAACUGCGUGUCAAACACAUUUGCACAAGAAAAUCAACAAUGUACAGUUUGAAAUGAUUGUAGCCCAGAUCAGACUUUGGUUUUUGCCCUUUAUUGUUUUUAAGAAAGAUUUUAGUUAGAAAAGGGAUUAAUUUACAUGAAACUCUGGAAAUUAUGUAACUGCCAGCACUUGCAGAGUUCAAACACUGAGUAAUUUUUUGUGUGUAGGUGAAGCACAGAAAGCUGAAACUGGGCUGGGACGCAGGGUAACCACUGAUAAGCCAAGACCCAUCUGCAAAAUAUCUUCUAGAUGUUUGACAGGUACAUUUCCCACCAAGAGUAGGCCAGACACAGAUAUCUUAGACUAAUAUGGUUUAAGGACAAUUUGUAAGAUUACAAAUGAGAGAUACACAUGUAUUUUUGUUUUGUCUCCAGUUAAUUCUUACUGGGAUGAUUGGCUGAAAUUUGUGUUUGGCAUUCAUUAUAAAUGAUCAUCUUUCUGAAACAA